AUGUCCUUAAGCCUAACCUCACGCCUCCUCCGCGCCGGGAGCUCCCACCUAAAGGCACCAAAAUCAGCACGACGACACACCACGAAACGUCCACAGCACCCCACCCCCACCAUGCCAUCCCCCGCCUACAACCACCACCCCACCCCCACCAUGCCAUCCCCCGCCUACAACCACCUCGCCAACCUCCCCACCGAGCUCCUCCUCCUCAUCACGGCCCACCUCCGCGCGCGCUCGCUCUGCAAUCUCGCCGCCACCUGCCGCGCCCUGCUCAACCGCCUCGACUACCAGCGUACCGCGCGCUUCGCCGCCGCCUCGGCCUCGCCCACGUUUAUCUACCGCCUCGUCAAGCACCAGUGGCGAUGUGGGCAGUACUGCCGCGUGCCCGACAACGAGCGCAGGCUCGCCGUGCUCAACUAUGCGGCGGACAAGGGGUCCACGGAGGUCGUGAGGCGGCUGGUGGAUUAUCAUGGGCUGCCGGUGGAGGGGAUGUGCUGCGGGGGCCGUCGCCGCUGGUGA